AUGUUCGAAGGGAAGGGAGUGGAGAAGCAGUUGUACGUGGUGUGGAACCGUAUGGCAUCGGGUAGUUAUUUUCCUCAGCCGGUACGGGAAGUGGAGAUCCCCAAGAAGGAUGGGAAGGUGCGGAAGCUGGGCAUACCUACCAUCAGGGACCGGAUCGCACAGGAAGUGGUAAGGCGAUACAUGGAGCAGCGGGUGGACGAGAAGUUCCAUCGCAACUCCUACGGCUACCGGCCACUGAAAAGUGCGAAGCAAGCAGUUGAACAGGUAAGAAAGAACUGCCUGGAACAGGACUGGGUAUUGGACAUGGAUAUAUCGAAGUUCUUUGAUGAGAUAAACCAUGAUCUGAUGUUAAAGGCAGUAGAAGCGAUGAUCGAAGAAAAAUGGGUAAAGACCUAUGUGCAAAGAUGGCUUGAAAUGAAAGUGCAGAAGACAGACGGCACGAUGGAGGAAAGGCAUGGGAAAGGGACACCACAGGGUGGAGUGAUCAGUCCGUUGCUGGCUAACUUGUUUUUGCAUUUUACGUUAGACAAGUGGUUGGAAAGGCACUAUGGUCAGGUAAUGUUCGUUCGCUAUGCCGAUGAUGUAAUCGUGCAUUGCGGAAGCGAACCGGAAGCCCAGCAUCUUCGAUCAGUGAUUGCCGCAAGGCUAACGGAGGUAGGUUUAAAACUGAAUGAACAGAAGACAAAAAUUGUGUACUGUAAGGACUAUCGUCGCAACAAAAAGCAUAGUCAGGUGCAGUUUGAAUUUUUGGGCUUCAGUUAUCAACCCCGACCCACACCGAGCAAGUAUCAGUCAGGAAACAUCACAGCGUUUGUUCCGGAGAUCAGCAGCGACAAUCAAAAGAGAAUCAGAGAUGAGAUCAAAGGUGCCAUUAACUGGCGAAACACGUGGCAGACCAUCGAUCAAAUCGCAGAGAAGCUCAACAGCAAACUGCGAGGCUGGAUCAAUUACUUUGGUGGCUUUGGGAAACGUCAGCUUCACAGGACAAUGUUAUAUCUUGAAACAAAACUGGUGAAAUGGAUAAGCCGUAAGCACAAGCAAGGUUCAAGAGCAUCAUUGCAGUGGCUGACGAAUCUUAGAUUGCAAAACCCGGCGUUAUUCUACCACUGGCAAAGCAAGUACUGUUAUAUCUAA